AAACUUUGGAUUCGAAAAACCAAUAAACAUUGCCCAGAGCUGCACAUGUGUUAUUCUAUUUUUCAACGUAUUAAGGCGCUAAAUUUACCUGGGGCUGUACGGCAGAUUAUUCACAUGUGGCAAGCAUGCGCAUACUUUUUAUGAUUUUCACAAUAGCCGAGCGAAGUUUCAAGAUUCUAGACUUCUCCAGUACACACCUAGUGCGUCGCCGCAGUCACAGCUACGUCUACGACUUCAUCAGCCCCACGCACAUAGAACUCAGUCGGGAGGCCACCCGCCUGAUAAUCAGACGCCUCCAACGCACAGUGCUCCGCCUCAUCCGGGAUCCCGAAUUCGGCAUGUCCGAACCCAGCCCCUCAUUCAAGCGCCCCGCACCCAGUCCCGACAAACAGAGCUUCGACGCAUCGUCCUCCCAGCAGGCACACGACGAAUCGCCCUUUGGGUCCCACCGCAAGGGCACCGGCCAGCAGGACUCCAACUGCCGCACCUGUAACGAUUUCAAGUCCUGGUCCAAGCAGCAGCGCCUCUUCUCGAACGUGCAGAGCGCCAAGGUGAAACACAUGGCCGCCAGCGAGAAGGUGACCGUUAAUGCCGCCGAUCUGCAACGCGAUGACUGUCCGUUGGACAAGGUGCGACUGGGCAUCUCCACCUGGGGCCUGCUCCACACCAUGGCGGCCUUCUACUCGGACAACCCGACGGAUAACGAGAAGCGAGACAUGAAGAACUUCUUCGAGGUGCUUUCGCGCCUCUAUCCCUGCGAGUUUUGCGCCAAGGACUUCCGCACAGACCUGGAGGUCAAUCCCAUCAACGUUAGUUCGCAGAAGGAGCUUUCUCUGUGGCUGUGCAAGUUCCACAACAGGGUCAACGAUAAGCUUGGCAAGCCGCUCUUUGACUGCAGCAAAGUGAACGAGCGGUGGCGCGACGGCUGGCUGGACGGUUCCUGCGACUAGACCGCUGCCCCGAUAGUGGCGCAGUUGUUGUGGCAGUAGCAUCCAAUCGAUCCGCGUCCCAGUUACCUAUGUUGACCAGACUUGUUUUCAACAUAUAUUGUUCGACACCAACUACUGCGACGAAAAGGAGGCUCAGUGUCUUCUCCUGCUCGGUGACGGAGUGCUGCUCAUUAUGUGCCCUGCGACCUGUGCCUUUGACCUGUUCCCGGGCGCCGAUUGUCUUUCCUUACCGUAUUCCCAGCGCCCGGAUUAGACCGGUCGGGGCCUGCGUCGGCGUGUGAUCAAAUUUAAUUGUAGAAGAACAAUACACGAUGGUCCUUUGUUAAUGCUUCGCUGGCUAUGAAAAUACAUACAAAUUUGUUAUAA